UAUCCGCAACUCACAUUCUCUUAAUUAUUAGGUACCAGUUUUUAACUGAGAAUUAUACCUGAAAUUCUUAAUUGUUGUAUUGAGUCACUGAUAUUUUUGUGUAACAAAAAUAAAAACCAUGGGUUUUAAAUAUUUAGUACUCAUACUUCUUAAUGUUUGCGUAACCCUAGCAAAGUUUCCCGAAUUAUCAGUAGAUGCUGACGAAAUUCAUUUAUUGGAAAAUGAGUCACUGGAAUUAAUUUGUAAUGGUUCUAAUCCCAAAUUCAUUUUUCCCAGGAAUAUAACAAUAAGCGAGAUUCCUACAUCAUCAGUAGAGAUAAUAGCAGACCGCGAACGAGGGUCUGUAUUACUUAAACGAAAUAAAACAGUUUAUGUUGAUACGGGAUGGUACGGAUGCGUCGAUUCUUACGAUUUUCCUAGUAAUCCAUCGAUAGAAAAUGAGAAUAUUACACCAGAUAAUUUUCAUAAGAUUGAUGCAAGAUGGGCUAACAUUUCCGUAAAAUGGACUUAUGUUUACGUCAAAUCAAGUGAACAUUUGCUUGCUGAACCUUGGAUUUCGGUAAUUACCAUACGUAUUACUGAGGGUGAUGACACAGUACUCUCAUGUCGUCCAACUUCAUCAAAUUAUACUGUCACAUUACUUCGAGACAGACAAAAAAUUAAUUUGAAUUCUCGAGUAUCGUUCGAUCCCAGAAGAGGCAUUGUACUGAGAAACGUUACGCCUGAAGACUCAGGUGUCUAUCAAUGUGGAAUCGAUAAAUCAUCUGAGGAAGUGACUUAUCAUUUUUUCGUUGAACGAAGACUACUUUCCCCAUUACCGGUAAUAAGAGGAGUCUCAUGGGAACGUUUGAUUGUUGAUAAAGAACUUACAAUAAAUUGUUCUAUUGAUGUACCUAGUGAUACUAUAUUUAGACUGGAAUGGAAGAUACCAAAAUCGGAUCAUACAGAUAUCGGAAGUUUAAUUCCUGACGUAGAUGUUGACGGUUUAAUUCGUUCCACUAAUAGAUUAACGAUUCAAAAUUUUACCCAUGACGAGGAGGGGAUAUACGAAUGUAUUUAUAGAACUCGUUCCGGAUUUAGCUCAACGUCAAUAAAAAUAACACUAGCUGAUGCUGAGCUUCAUCUUAAAACUCAAUAAUCAAUCGCCAUUGAAGAAAAUAAAUAAAAUUAUACUAACGGUUAUCUCAUUCUUGUCUUUGUGGGACCAAAUUGCAGCAAUAAGGCAGAAUUGUCCCCUGCUGCAGUCCAGAGUUUGAAGAAUUCAAUAAUUAAUGAGACUAAACGUAAUCUUACCGAUAUUAUUUCUAAUGUUGUCAAGGACUCUUUCAAUAAAUAUUUAACGAGUGCACGGAAAAAUGAAAACAGGAAUAAUUGACUUUCUGUUGAGUAUUCAUUACAUUUUCAAAUAGCAACGCAGCGCUUCGCAAACGAAACUGUAAAAAUUACAGUUUGGCGCUGCGCAGUAAGUUUUACAUUUUAAAUUUGUAAUAUUGCAGUCUCACAAUGUAUACAAGUUACUGUCUCAUACUGUAAUUUUCUGUACAUUUCCUUGAACUAUCACUCAAUACGAAUUAAAAUUUACAGUUUCAUCUAGUGA